CUUUGUGUUAGAAUGUGCAAGCCAACAGCGUUUAUUUUCUUCCUGUUUUCCUGUUGUUACAAACAACAGGAAAACAAGGCAUAUGGAAUAUAAUGAAUACAAAUUAAUGCUCAUUCGCAGAUAAAUCUGAUACAAAUCAGUGAUCAACAUUGGGCCUGUAGAAGUAUUACAUAUUUCCUCUCUCUUGGAUCCUCCCCAUUUACUGAACAUAGCAGUUCUGUUUGACAUCAUGCUCACAACAGCGCCAGCCCAUCAUCUCUGUGGAAACUGAUUGACAGACUGCAUCAAUACCAUUCAAAGGCAUGGAUUCUCUCAUGGCCAAUGGUGAGAAAUUUACAAUUAAAAUAUCUGUCAGUGACCUCGAAUAUUAUGAUGACAAUGAGUUUAGUAACUACACCGAUUCCAGUGACACAUGCUGUUCAACUGGGGAGGUGUGCAGCUUGGAGGAGGGUAUGAGUUUUGAUGCUGUGUGCCUGCCCGUGUUCUACUCCCUGACACUGGUUCUGGGGCUGCUGGGUAACGGGUUGGUCCUGUUGGUUCUGGUCCAGAGGAGGCGUGGCUGGAGCGUGACAGACACCUUCAUCCUGCACCUCUGUGUGGCUGACAUCCUGCUACUCCUCACCCUGCCCCUCUGGGCUGCGCAGGCAGCUGAGGAAUGGAGCUUCGGGACCCCCCUCUGCAAGAUCACUGGAGCCAUAUUCACAAUCAACUUUUACUGUGGCAUCUUCCUGCUGGCCUGCAUCAGUCUGGACCGCUACCUGUCUGUGGUCCACGCAGUUCAGAUGUACUCUCGCAGGAAGCCCUGGAUGGUGCAGGCCAGCUGCCUGUCCGUGUGGCUCCUCUCCAUACUCCUCUCCAUCCCCGACUGGCACUUCCUGGAGUCUGUGAUGGACACCAGACGAGACAAACAAGAGUGUGUCCACAACUACCCGUCUCUCUCCCAGUCUGGGUUUGACUGGCGCCUGGCCUCCCGCCUGCUCUACCAUACAGUGGGCUUCCUCCUCCCCUCUGCCGUGCUGCUCUUCUGCUACUCCUGCAUCCUGCUGCGGCUGCAGCGCGGCUCCCAGGGCCUCCAGAAGCAGAGGGCUGUCCGGGUCAUCCUGGCCCUGGUGCUGGUCUUCUUCCUCUGCUGGACGCCCUACAACAUCACCCUAAUGGUGGACACCCUCUACUCCAACAACACCCUGGAGGUCAACUGCGAGAGCCAUAAAGCCCUGGACAUCUCCCUGACGGCCACCUCCUCUCUGGGCUACCUGCACUGCAGCCUCAACCCUGUGCUCUACUCCUUUGUGGGGGUGAAGUUCCGGCACCACCUGCUGGACAUGCUGAGGUCCCUGGGCUGCAAGCUCAAGAGUGGAGUCAGGCUGCAGACUGCCAGCCGGAGGAGCUCCAUGUGGUCUGAGUCUGGAGACACCUCCCACACCUCUGCCAUCUAUUAAGGACUUAUCUCUCUAUCCCAAGGUCUCCCAAACUAUGUCCUACGGACCCCAAAUGGUGCAUGUUUUGUUUUUUACCCUAGCACUACACAUCUGAUACAAAUAAUCAGCUAAUCGUCAAGCUAUGAUAAUGUGAAUCAGCUGUGUAGCGUUAGGGCAAAAACCAAAACGUGCACCCCUUGGUAUCCCGAGGACCGAGUUUAGGAAACACUGCUCUAUCCUGUUGCUCUUGAGUUGUCGUUGACUCAAUAAGUGGAUUAUCAAUGUGACCUUUAGCCUACUCCAACUUCCCCUCCAGCAGAUUUGGACUGGAGGAAAGGUUGUUAGAUCCGCCGUGUUUCACCAUCAUCUUUUCCCAAUAGAGCACACUCAGAAAACAAAUGAUUGCCUAUUAAAUAAACUCUUUGUUAAUAAUGGGGCCUAUAAUGAAGUUACACAUAAGUAAAUAACUUGUACAUACUAAAAAAUAAUAAAAUGAUUACAAAAUUAUGUAUGAACAAUAUCUUAUGAGUUUUAAGCUUGUCAUUUAUCAUUUUACUUACCUGCUUUAUGUUUUGUUAUUAAAUGAUAAUUGGCAUAUGUGCUCUGUUAUAGUUAAUGCAUUUGUUAUUACUGACACAUGCAAUGAUUUGAUGUAUAUUUUUUCGUAACAAAAAUGCACAGUAUCCUAUGACAGGUUACAAUUUCAAGGAACCAUAGUGAAAUACUGAAUAAAGUUGAAUUCUUUAUACUAUCA